GUUCCAUUGCUCUUUGCGUUGUUUCUAAUUUUUUGGCAGAUUUUUUGGUAAGUGCUACUGUCUCCAAGCCGUAGGUACAAACAGGUAGUAUGCAUGUGUUAUACACUUUUUUCUUUAAGUUUAUAGGAAUGGAGGUGUUUUUCAAGAUAUGUGCUAGUUUGCCGAAAGCGCCCCAAGCCCCAAGUACAUUUGUACUAAGAACAUUUCUAAUCCCCACUUUCCCCCAAUCCAUCAUGUCAGAAUUCGUAUUAGCAGCAUCGGCUGCGAUGGGUGCGUGCAUGUUCACCAACCCAUUGGAGGUACUUAAAACCAGAAUGCAGUUCCAGGGGGAAUUGCAAGCUAAAGGGAAACACGCUGUCCACUACAGAAACGUCUUCCAUGCCACGUACAAUAUAGUGAAGAAUGAUGGAGUUUUAGCGUUACAAAAGGGAUUAGUACCUGCUUUAUGGGUCCAGCUGUUUCUUAAUGGAAUGAGGUUGGGAGUAUACCAAGUAUCGGCCAACAAUGGUCUUUUGCACGACAAAGACGGUAACCUAAUAUUAUUCAACAGCGCGAUGAUAGCUGGCAUCGGUGGCACAAUGGGACAGAUCUUGAGCAGUCCGAUGUUUCUGAUCAAAACACAUCUUCAGACACAAGCUGUUCAAAAUAUCGCAGUAGGAUAUCAACAUAAACAUACAGGAACAUGGAGUGCUCUAAGAACGAUUUUCCAAAAACAUGGGGUACGAGGUAUUUUCCAAGGAGUAACAGCAGCAAUGCCUAGAGGAUUUAUUGGUUCCGUGUCCCAACUACUCGCUUUUGAUUAUUCCAAGCAGUACUUAUUACGGUACGACUAUUUUAAAGAUAAAAAGUUGCUAACGGCAUUUAUGGGGAGUAUGGUAGGAGGAGUAGCCAUCAGUUUUGCUAUGACUCCUUUCGAUCUUAUCAUGACUAGGCUAUAUAAUCAGCCCACCGAUGCUAGUGGUAAAGGAACGAUAUACAACAGUUACUUGGACUGUGUGAGGAAAAUUUACAAAACCGAAGGUGUAUCUGCAUUCUACAAAGGUGUCGGACCAAUGUACCUCCGAUUAGGACCACACACUGUAUUAUGUUUAGUAUUUUGGGACGAACUGAACCACCUCUACGCCAAAUUCAAGACUUCAGAACUGAGAUUAAACUAAUGGAAGCUUUAAACCAAAGUCAAGAAUUUAGAAUUACUAAUAAACUAGUUUAGUUAAUUUUAAGUUAUGUAAAUAUCAGACAAGCUCAAAGUAAUAGAGAAUAAUAUAGGUUUAAUAUUUUAAAACAGUUUUAUAUUAUGUAUUUCCUUGUUUUCAAUUAUCUUCAGUAUUUUUUAGUCGAAGUACCAUAAGUUUAACGUGCAGCAUGUUGCUAUAGUGAAUUUUAAUAAUUUUUACUCUUUUUUCGAAUAUUUGACUUAAUAAUAUUUUUUUUGCAAAACGAGUAUGGCAUAAUAUAUGUACAUUACUUUACAUAUCGUAAUAAAAUAAACAAAAAUCCAUUGCAUUAUUAUCAUUUACCUUGUAGUAUUUUACAGGAUCUUAAGCUGUAGAUUAUCAUUAUCAUUAUCAUUUAAUAAACAGUGAAUUAAAUUUUUAAAGUUACUUACAGACGCAUCCAUCCAUAUUAAUUAAUUUAUAAUAUUUACUGUAUUUUUAUAAAUAAAGAUAUAUUCUUGUUAC